AUGGUGACACUUGGUACCAGGAAAAACACAGUGCUCUCCAAUGUCAUCUGCCUACAACUUCAUCAGGGUGGAGACAUUUGUCGGUUCUUUAUAAAAGCAGUAGCGCACAUUUUCUUGUCAUUAGCAACUGCAGCUGAAGAUUUAGAUCCCUUCAUCAUGUUCGCAAAGGUUGUCAUCUUCUGCUCUGCCCUCGCAGCAGCUCAUGCUUCCCUCGCCGGACCCCUGGGCCUUGGCGCUCCCGUUCUUGCAGCUGGACCUCUCGGAUUUGGAAAGGGAUUGAUCGCUGCCGCCCCUGCAGUGGCCACCGUUUCUACCCAGAGAACUGCCAUUAAUCACGUAGCCCCUGCUGGCGGAAUUGCUGCUGCUGCUGCUCCACUCGGACUUGCUGGUGUUGGUCUUGCUGGUCCCGUCUUAUCCGCUGGAGCUUUGGGAUAUGGUGCCCCUGCACUUGCUGCUGGAGCUCUGGGUUACGGAAGAGGAUUGAUUGCAGCCGCCCCUGCAGUAGCAACCGUAUCCUCCCAGAGAACUGCCAUCAACCACGUAGCCCCAGCUGCUCGCGUUGCUGCAGCUGCACCUAUCGCUCUUGCCAACGGACUUGUUGCCGGUAAUGGCCUUUACGCCAACGGAGUCGUUGCUGGUAACGGAAUCCUCGCCAACGGACUUGUUGCCGGUAAUGGCCUUUACGCCAACGGAGUCGUUGCUGGUAAUGGAAUCCUCGCCAACGGACUUGUUGCCGGACAUGGUCUUGCCGCCCCUCUCGCCAUUGGAAAUGGUCUUCUAGGAGCCCCCUAUGGUUUGGGUGUUGGAAAGCUCGGUCUUGCUGCACCACUUGGUCUUGGUCUUGGAAAAGCUCUUUUGUAAAUGUGUUUAGUAUUGUGUAAAUGUUAAUUAAAUAAAUUAUUUAUCAGCAA